AUGGACUCCCCCCUGCUAUCCCACCCCCUCGAAGUCCGCCAAAUGAUCACCGGCAUCGUAAUAGUAAACAACCAACCCUUCAAAAUCAAACCCCGCUGCACAACAACCACAACCACCACGCCCCUCACGACCUGCACCCCCACCGCCCUCCCCCAAACCUCCCACCAAAUCCGCGCCGAAUACGCCUCCCUCCUCCGCAAAGCGGCCUUCAACCCCGGCACCAAAACCAUCGCCCCCGUCUACGACUUCGACUUCCGCGAAAUGAUAUCCUUCGCGCAGACGCUCAAGAGCCACGAGGUCGCGGCGGCGAACCGGAAUCGAAAUCUUGUCUGUAAGGUUUUUGUUUUUGAUGGGGGUGUUUUUGGGGGGGAGGGCGUGAGGUUGUUGGGCGAGUGGGUGAGGUGUGCGGAGAAGAUUGGGUUGGAGGUGGGGUAUUUGGUGGAGUGGUGCGGGGUGGAGGCGGGGCAAUUGAGGGCGUUGGAGGGGGUUGUGGGGGGGGGGAGGGAAGGGAGGAAGAUUUUGAGGGCGUUGAGGGAGUGGAGGGGGAGGAGGGAGGGGUGA